CGGUUCGUUCAACGUGCCGAUUUGCGCGAGCCACAACAACGUCAGCCAUUUUGACAGGAGGCAGGUCCCAAUUUACUUCAACUAAAAAAUUCCAGAAAAAGCGAAGCUUUCAUCCAUCAUGAGCAUAGCUCAGCUUCUACAGGCAGCAGAAUAUCUGGAGAGAAGGGAAAGAGAGGCAGAACAUGGCUAUGCCACGACGAUGCCAAUGCCAGAUGACUAUAUGAAAAGGAAAUCCAAACCGAAGAAAUCUCAGGGAAAUAGGUCUACGCAUAAUGAGCUGGAAAAGAACAGGCGGGCACACUUGCGUCAGAGCCUGGAAUUGUUAAAAGAAAUAGUCCCGGUGGGACCAGAAGCUACUAGACACACAACACUAGGACUGUUGACCAAAUCCAAAGCCUUUAUCAAGGCACUGGAAGAAAAGGAGAGGAAGUAUAACAUACAAAAGGAAAAUAUGCUCAGGGAACAGCGUCACCUAAAAAGGAGACUAGAACUUUUAACUAAAGGGUCCUGGAGGACACGAAAAAAUUCAGAAAGAAGUAUCAGUGAAAGUAGUACUUCAACAGUCUCCAAUGUGUCAAAUGCCUCAGACUCUUGUGAAUCAGAUGAGGUCGACAUCCUGGGCUAUAAUAGUUCUAAUAGUGACACAGAUGACCACAGCAGCAUUGGGAGUGGCAGUGAUGGCUGUACUGUGAACUCUAGCAUCCACAACCUGGCUGUAUGAUGCUCACAUACAGUGAUGUACAGCGUAAACUUGGAUGCAUAAGAAAAUGGGGAAAA